AGCGAGCAGGAAAGUGAAGAGCAAUAGCAAUAAAAAGGAAGAGAGUAUACCGUGCCUAUUACGAUCGCCUUCCCCCGCCUCCCGUCCGGUGAGUGCAUUUGCAGCUUCCAUCUUUUGUAUAUCGAGCAUCUCGACGCAGCACACGGUGACACGUGCGAUCUCGCACUCGUGCGCUUUCCUUCGACUCACAACCGCACACGUCUUUUCUCGCUGUCAUGGAUCAGAAACAAAUGCAGAAGCUGCUGCUGAUGGGGCCCGGCGGCGCGGGUAAGACGUGCAUGCGCAGCAUCAUCUUCGACAACUACCUGCCCCGGGACGCCCUGCGCCUCGGCAUUACGAUCUCGCUCGACCAGAGCCAGGUGCACAUCCUGCGGAACUUAUUUCUCAACUUGUGGGACUGCGGCGGACAGCACCGCUACGUCUCCGAGUACCUCAGCCGCCAGAAGGAGUACAUCUUCCGCUACGUUGGUGUAAUGCUCUUUGUUUUCGACAUCAACAGCAUGAGCCGCGACAGCUACGGUGCGAGCGGCGUGGGGAGUAGCAGCAUCGGUGGCGGCGGAGAAGGCGGAAGCGCCACGACGGACUGGAAGCUGCCGGAGAUGCUGAACUACUUCAAGGAGGCAAUGCGCUACAUCCGGCAGUACAGUCCAAAGGCCAAAGUCUUUGUUUUGCUGCACAAGAUCGAUUUGAUUCACCGCGACAUGCGCCAGGAGAUCUUCGAGGCCCGCAAGCAGGAGAUUAUGAACUGCAUCGACCCCGAAGACGGCGCGGACAUCGAUUUCUUCGGCACGAGCAUCUGGUCCGACUCCCUCUACCUCGCCUACAGCUCCGUCGUGCGCUCGCUCGUGCCGCACCGCGACGUCCUCGUGGAGACGAUGCGGGGCAUCGCCGUGGCGUGCGACGCCGUCGAAGUCGCGCUGUACGAGCGCAGCACGUUUCUGUGCUUGACGCACGUCACCCGCACCGCCGCGAAGGACGCCGCUGCGGCGCCGCCGUUCCUGCAGGGCAACGGCGAGCUGCGCACGACGGAGGUGAGCGAGACGGUGAAGCACUUCAAGCUGAGCUGCAUGAACAACACGACGAGCUUGGGCGGGCUCAGCAUUGCGACGGAGUCCUUCACAGCCAUGCUGUACCCCUUUACGGAGUGCACCCACGUCUUGGUCGUGUCGGCCGAUCCGCAGGUGAGCGUGGAGCUGCAUAAGCUGAACGUGAACGCGGCCCGCCGCCGCUUUCAGCAGUUUCUCGACUCGGAUGAGCCGACGGCGUGUGCGAUGCGGGAGGUGUUGUGA